UGACAGUGGCAGCAGUGUUGGAAACAUGGCAAUUUUGGUACAACUACUUGGCACAAUUGUUGUGUGCUUCUUAACAAUGACCAUGGGUUUGAUAUUCACGUGGCCAUCGUCAACUAUUAUACUCUUCAAAUCUGAGAAUACAACGCUACACAGAGUGAUAACAGAGACAGAGGCCUCACUAGUGGGCAGUCUGUCGAGUAUAGGAGCCUUAUUCGGUACUCCAUUAGCCGGACUACUUUUGGACAGGCUUGGGAGGAAAGGCACUGGAGUUUUAUUCUCGCUGCUGAGUGUUGUAUGCUGGACUAUGGUUGCAGUCAGCAACCGUGUGGAGGUAGUGCUGGCUUCUCUAUUCUUGUCAGGGUUAGCUGGCUCGUCCUUUCUCGUCGUGCCGGUGUUCGUGGGGGAAUUCUGUCAAGAUUCCAUUAGAGGGUCCAUGGUGACGGCUGCCAUAGUGUUCUAUGGUGUGGGAAUGUUGCUCUCAUAUUUGAUGGGGGGCCUGCUUUCUUACUGGAACAUGAUAUAUGCCUCCCUCACUCUGGCCACUACUAAUGUGUGUUUGCUGAUCAUUCUGAAGGAGUCACCGACAUUUUUGUUGUCCAAAGGUUUGGAGAAGGCGGCAGCGGAGUCUGUAGCUUUCUAUAGAAGCGCGAAGCAAAAUUCGAUGGAAGUGUUGCAGGAGAUGGCAUUGAUCAAGCGAGUGCUCAACGCGAACGCCGAUGGUACCACACCUAUUGAGGAGAAGUUAAACCCAUCAAUGGAGAAAGAGAAAUUACCCGUGUGGCAAUAUUUCAAGAAGUCAAGAUCAACCCGUCGGGCGAUGUUCGUGACCCUGGUGCUGGUGACGGCGUCGAUUCUCCAAGGUCUGAUCGUGGUGCAGGUGUACGCGCAGCCGCUAUUCUUGUCCGCAGCGCCGGAGAUGUCGGCCACCCUCGGCAGCGUUAUAUUCGUUAUCGGCGUCUUGUCCGGUAUUCCUGCGGCGUACAUGGUUGAUGCGUUUGGACGGAGGCCUCUGCUAAUCUACGCAUCCAUCGCCGAUGGUCUGUGUUGCGUCAUUUGCGGGUCCCUGAUCCAUUUGCAGUGGGGUCCGAGCUAUUUGACCCCAAUGUUUAUAUUCAUAUUCUGCAGCGUGUACACUAUUGGGCCAGGAAGUGUACCUUACGUGUUCUACGCUGAAGUGUUCCUGCCAGAGGUCAGAAGUUACGUAAACAUGGUAGUGGUGGAAUGGGCGUGGCUGUGUAACUUCCUCAUCCUGAUAAUCUUCGACCCCCUGGCUCGUGCUAUCGGCCUGGGACCCGUGUUCUACCUCUUCGCCGUCGUCUGCUUCUUCACGGCGCUGUUCUCUGUAUAUUACAUGCCAGAGACUAAGGGAUUGGCGGCGGACGAAAUUCAAUUGUUGUUUACACCUAAGAAACGUAGACGGCAUAUUCAGACUUAUGAAUAUUAGUGAUUUUUUACGCAGUGCAGUGCAGUGUUGCCAAAUUGGUUCAUUUUUCCUCAAUUUACGGUAAAACUUUUGUAUCUCGAAAAAAUGUUUUCGACAUUUUUGGGAAAAAAUAAAAUCGA